UGUAGCGAUGGCGGUAAACGAAAGAGACGAGCCAGUUGUGUCUUUGGUAGAUGUUUUGGAGGAAGACGAAGAAUUGGAAAAUGAAGUCUUUGCUGUUUUGGGAAGCAGUGAUCCUGAGAAAUGUUCUUAUCCCCAGGGAUACGUGAAGAGGCAGGCGCUCUAUGCGUGCAGUACCUGUACACCGACGGGCGUUGAGCCGGCCGGGGUCUGUCUUGCGUGCUCCUACAAAUGCCAUGAGGGACACGACCUCUUCGAGCUCUACACCAAAAGGAAUUUCCGCUGUGAUUGUGGAAACGGCAAAUUUGAGGAGUUCAAGUGCCAGUUAUAUCCUGAUAAAGACAAAGUGAACACCCGCAACAAAUAUGACCACAACUUCUCUGGUUUGUAUUGCACCUGCGACAGACCGUAUCCUGACCCCGAGGACCAGGUUUCCGAUGAGAUGAUCCAGUGCAUUGUCUGCGAGGACUGGUUCCAUUCCAGGCACUUGGGCUGUGAAUUGGCAGAAUGCGUGGAGCUGCAGGAGAUGGUGUGCGAGUCGUGCAUGAACAAGGCCCCCUUCCUGUGGACCUACGCCACCCAUCUGGCAGUCCCCCCAGUGACCAGAGUCAGCCUCUGUAAGGGAGAGGUGGAGGUGAAUGUGGAGGAAGAUGAUGCAGUGAAGAAGGAGGAGGAGGAGGAGAAGGGGGAUGAAGCACCGUCUACCACCCCUGAAGAGGAAGUCUGCUCUGAAGAGGAAGAGAAGGCGACUGCAAUCGGAGCGGGGAGCAAGCGGACGCACCAGGAGAUGGAGGGCUCCGCUCCGGAGUGCAAGCUGAAGGAGCUGAAGGAGAAGGGGCUGCAGAGGGCCAGGGAGGGGGCCGUGUUCUGGCCCUACGACUGGCGCAGCAAGCUCUGCACCUGCAUCAGCUGCAAGAGAGCCUACGUGGAAGCCGGGGUGCCCUUCCUGCUGGACGAGUCGGACACGGUCCUGGCCCACGAGAACAGGGGGAGGGCGGAGCACGGGGGGUCUGACCCCCUCAUAUCAGUACUGAACAAGCUGGACCGCGUGCAGCAGCUGGAGAUCAUCUAUGAGUAUAAUGACAUGAAGACUGAAUUGAAGGAUUACCUGCAGGGAUUUGCAGCAGAAGGAAAGGUUGUGACCUCCGAGGACAUCCAGCGUUUCUUUGAAGAGCUGCAGACGCGAAAAAGACAGCGGACCACUGUGGGCCAGUACUACUGCAGAUGAGCUGUCUGUAGUGCCCGGUCCACUCCUGUGCUGCUCUCCGUUUUAACAUCACAGCCGUUUUCGUUUCUAGUCUAAGGAUUUCGGCAGGUUUACAGUCCACCCCUCUGGAGUCAGUGCUCUUGAAUUUAAUUGUAAUGACGCAUCUAAGGCUGUACUGCCGGGCUUCUGUUUCUCAAAGGUCUUUUAGUGCAUUAGCAUUGUGAUGCAGUCAGUGUCUUGUGAAUGACUAAGCAGCUGUGAUGGAGCAGUUUUACCAGCGAGCCAGGCUGUUUGCUGGUUGUAAAAAUUAUUAGUUCUCUGGCUGUGCUUUCAAACCCCUGCCUUACUCACCCCGGUGUGUGCAGGCUUCGGCCAUGGACUGUUUGAAUCCAUCUGCUACGGACUCAUCUCUCCAGUGAAAUUCUGAUCGGGGUGAUGAGGGGUCAAACCUGGCAAGAGGAAAGGAGCUAUACUGCUUUAGUAGGGGAGGAUUCUGAGACACAGACUGAUGAUCCCCCAUUGGAGACCUUGUGCUUGGUUUGUCACUAUAGUAUGACCUUUCUGAAUGUGCUGAAGGAGGAAAAGGAGACUGUUUGGCACUGGGUUAUUUCCCUCCUCUCGGAACUCGGCUCAUGUCUUAAAUGGCGAUGGUGUUUUUCUUCCCCCGAGUUCCUGUGUUCAUUAAGUUCCUGCGGUCCUUGGUUCCCCUGCCUCCAUCUUUCCUGUGUCCCCUUCUGUCAUUUCACAUUAUGUUACUACAGUCCUGCCAGUAGAGGCCAGACAGGCUAGUAAUUCCUUUUUAAAUAUUUCCCCCGGUUUUCAUGUUCGUAGUUUGAGAUCCUUUUUCAUUUGGACAUUUUUGACAAAUAGAGCUGAAUGAUGUGGGUGCGUGGAAUUUCAAGAGUGACUGUGAACCAUCCAAAAGUUUUGUAAAAUGAGACCCCAGUGGUUUAGGGAUACUCAG